GCCCAUAAGUGAAGGCCCGAAGGCCUGUGAUUUUGUAAAGCUUAUUGACGCUUGAUUGACGCUGGUAACUGUCCACCCAGAAGAGAUGGCGGGCCGUCGUCUGUUUCGCGCCCUCAUCAUGGGAGCCCCGGGCUCCGGAAAGGGCACCAUCUCGGAGCGUAUCGUCUCCGACUUUGGACUGAAGCACCUCUCCAGCGGAGAUCUGCUGCGAUCGCAGAUCCUCCAGAAAACAGACGUGGGCCUGCAGGCUCAGAAGUACAUCGACGAGGGCGCCCUGGUGCCGGAUGAGACGAUGGUGGCCCUCAUCUCCGCCGAGCUGAAGAAACUGGCUGAGCACAGCUGGCUGCUGGACGGGUUCCCCCGUACCCGUCACCAGGCCGAGGCGCUGCACAAGGUACAGCCGCUCGACACCGUCAUCAGCCUGAACGUGCCCUUCCAGGUCAUCAUUGACCGCAUCAAGGACCGCUGGGUGCACCUGCCCAGUGGCAGGAUCUACAACACCCUCUUCAACCCGCCCAAAAACCCGUUCACCGAUGACGUCACGGGAGAGCGCCUGGUCCAGCGGGCCGACGACGCGCCGGACGCGGUCAGGAAGCGCCUGGAGGUGUACCAGGCGUCCGCCGGGCCGGUGAUCGAGUUCUAUCGCGAGCUCGGCGUGCUCGAGGAGUUCUCCGGCAGCGAGACCAACAAAAUCUGGCCGCACGUCCGUCGCAUGCUCCAGCAGCGCAUCCAGUAAGUGGCACCGCGGUCAGAAGGGAUGACGUAGAUGGCGAUGUAGUCUACUCAACUGCUUCCAUUCCUGAUCGGUAAUUCCGAGUCGAAAAUGCUUCAGGGAAGUGAUUCAGAUGUAGAGGCUUGUAGUGUAUGGUUAGCCUACCUGUCGUUUGUUGAGUUAACAAGCGAGGGUUGGGUGUAGGUGGCGGUAGUACCGACAGUGUUGUGAACUAACUGAUCGGUGAUGGUUUGUUAGAUUUGUGGAUGGCCUGCAGAAUCGGUGCCAGUUGCUGAGGGCAGGAUUGGGGAUCAGCUGUUCGUGGUGUGUGGUGUGAGAGAUGGUUUGUUCGGUCGGCCGGCCCGCGGUUUACGUGGGCUGGCUCGACAGUAUCGUAAAUGAUGUGAUAACAGCACAAGUUGCAAUAUCGGGCUGAGCGAAAAAGCGUGCCAUGCGGCAGGAACGAUUAGCGUGACAACUUUGAUAGUCGGCUCUUUUUUGUGAUGUAUUCAUCUCGUCGUCAGUGGCUGCGCAGUCGCCAUAGUUCAGUGGCACAAUCGUCAAUGUGGGGUCCAAUAUUUACAUUUUCCCCAGCCGCGUUGUAGCCGUCUCUGGAGCUGCCAAUUUCGCCGUAGUAACUGCUGAACGUGUGGCCUCCGUGUCCUGCUCGCUGUGCGCUGUCUUCCAUGUGUAGAGGCGUUCGUCUCGCCAAGGACGAGGAAUGUGUGAUGUGAUAAAAGCUUUGCUUUUGACUAUCUUUAGCGGGCGGCGUUUAACGAGGUUGCGCGAUCAUGACGAAUGAGUAAAUUUACUGAUGCGCAAUCGCACAAACCCUCCGAAGUUCUUGCCUCUAAAUGAGCGCUUUCAACCAUCUUCAGUUGCAUUUUUGUGUUGCAUUCCACGCCUUCAGGCUACCUGCCCAAGGUGUUCUACAGUUACUGUUGAGUUUUACCACAAAUAACAGUGUCGGUUUUCAAUGUUCCACAAGUGAGUGACAAGUGAGUGAUUGUGAUUUACGCACACUGGUAAGUGUUGACCCCUAAUAUUCUGUAGGUUUACCAUAUGGAAUCAUGUUUUAUAAACAUGUAUUGUUUAAAUACGACUCGGAAUUAACAUGCGAACCAAAAUAAACGCUCUCUCCACCGA